AUGGCGUCGCGAUCUGCACGCCGUCCGGGCGGCAUCUCGUCGGCGUCCCUCUGCCAGCUCAUUUCGGCGAACCAAGGGCGGAGGAGCACAACGAUCGAGGAGGACGCAAGGUGUUUUCACCUCUUUUUAUCUUCUCUCUUCUUCCUCCCCAAGGAAGCGGCGGAGGAGCACAAGGCGCAGCGGAUCGUGGCUAUAAAGGCGCAGCCGCAAGGAAGCAACACCGACCUGAAGAUAAAAACGGUCAAUGGAGGAGGAGCACAACGGAGGGGAGCACAACGGACGGUCAACGGAGGAGGAGCACAACGGACGGGAGCACAACGGACGGGAGCACAACGGACGGAGGAACGCAAGCACGGGUCAACGGAGGAGGAGCACAACGGACGGGUGCACACCGUAAGCACAGUUUUGUGGAGGGGAGGCCGCUGGAGCUUUCACCGUUUUCUCCCUCUCCUUCCUUUCCAGGCCAUGGCGGAGGAGCAGAAGAACGGGACGGCACGGCACGGCUGA